AUGAAGUCGCAGCUCGACCCGCGGGAGCUGCGCAGCCUCAUUCGGUACGCCAUCCGCGGCGAGGAGACGCGCGUGUCGCUCGAACUCGGCCUCGACGAAGACACCGACGACGUAGGCCCCGCGGGCCGCGCCGAGCGCGUCGGGCGCCGCGUCGACGACCGCCGAGGCCUCCCGGGAGUACCCCGGACGCGCGAGAACCGCGAAAAGGUGAGCGCCGCGCUACGCGGCAGGAUCGUUUGGCCGCAGGUGCCGAAAGUGCUGCGCGGGCGCGACGGCAAGGUCAUGCCCCUCGAGCACCGCAUGAAUCUCAAGGCCGCGGCGCAACGAUUCUACCUCACGCCAGAGGGCCUGGAGCGCAAGAAGGCGCACGCGAGGACGCAGAUCGGGCGUCCGAAGAAGUGCGGGCAUUGCGGCGAGCUCGGGCACAAUCGGCGGGGCUGCCCGGAGCUAGUGGACGUCGACGACGUGAGGAUGAAGGCGGGCAAGGUCGUGGAGGGGCGGAAACAGAACCGCUGCAGCGUGUGCGGCGAGUACGGGCACAAGCGGCCACGGUGUCCGCGGGUGCAGCGGGAGGUGAAGGAGGAGCCGGGCGGCGCUGCGGCGGCCGCGGCGGCGGCGGGGGCGCAGCCGGGACACAAGGGGCCGCCUGUGGCGGCGAGCGUGGCGCCGGCGGAGGCGCUGCGGUCCGCGAGUCGCCGGCGGUCGCGGGCGCUGCUGUCGAGGGACCCGACACCCCCCCCUCCGCGGGAGAGGGGCGGGGGGGGUCCGCCGGGGCCGUACGGGCCGCCGUUCGAGGGCGACGCGGGGCGGGCGGCGCGAGCGGCGCGCGAGGAGGGCGGGGGCGCGCAGUCAAGCACUAGCGACAGCGACAGCGACAGCGACAGCGACCAGGACGCGUAG